ACCGAAGUAAACAAAGAAGCUUCAAUUCAUUGUUUAAAUUAAAGACUAUGUGAUAGUGUUAUCAAGGACUAAUCACUAAACCUCAUCACAUUUUUUCACCUACUUCAAAAAUUUCAAUCCAAACACAUAUGAGUAAUACCAUGACUGCUUCUACUGACCAAUAUUGGAUGCAACUCUACCAACAACAACAAGCUCUCAUGGAUGAUGCUCUAACUCCACCUAGGGAACCUUUCUAUGAUUCAAUUGUGAUGACAACAAAUCCUACUCCAACAACCAUACCAAUAGAGACAAUGAUUUUGAGUCCAACAAAUUCAUACACAAACACUAGUGGUCAAUUGACUCCAAAGGGUGGUAAUGUAUCCAAACCAAUAAAAAGAAGGUCUAGAGCUUCUAAGAGAACACCAACCACACUUCUAAAUGCAAAUACCACAAAUUUUAGAGAACUUGUUCAACAAUUCACCGGUUGUCCUAGCUCAAAUUUGUCGUCGUCAUCGUCGUCGCUAGGAGUUCAUAAAGGUCCUAUUACCUUAAACUUUCAACAAGGUAGCAACCAAAUUCACCAUGACACAACAACAAUAAUGCCACAAUUUAGUAGCACAAGUUACAAUCAAGUUCAUCAUCAUCAAGUUUCUAAGCCACUUCCAUGGAAGAAAGAUCAAAUUCAAGUGCCUCAGCAAGAGAAGAAUGGUUAUAACUCAUUUGAUUAUGGGAAGGACAACAAUUUUAUUGCAAAUUUGGGUAACUCAUCAAGGCCUAGUACUAGUAACAUGGAUGUCUCUAAUGGAUUGGUUGUGGAUAAUGAUUUUGGUUUGAAUGAUCUAACUAUGAAUGAAUUCUCCAAUGAUACUUUUAUGUGAUGAAAAAUGUUUAAUUAUAUACUUUUAUGGAUUGUUCAUUGUUGUAUGCAUUUACCUAUUAUAGCAAUAAUGUAUAAGGUUUAUAUGCUAUAGCUUUAAUAUUUUUUUUAUAUUCAAUUUUGUUUCUAUCUAUCUUUUCCUCAGGUUACUUAAAUGUACAACAUUUUCUUUUUGUCUCCUUUCUACAUAAUGGGAACACAACAUCUUUAUAUU